CUAUUUCUCUGAUCUUAUCUUAUCGGAGCCCAAAUUUUUUGUCCUUUCUCUUUUCCCACGUGCGCAGUCCCGUCAACGAUGAGCGCGUCUGGGACAAAACGCAAACGUGAAGAAUCUCCAGAAAGACUUUCAUUUACUGUCUCCAGCACUCCUGCUAAGCCUGGGACUAAUGGGCCUGUGCUAGUAAACUUUCCUGGUAUCGAUGCUCCUGCAUCAACCCCGUUCAAGUGCUAUGCUCGAAAAAAAUCCAAGUCGAAGACCAAGGAAAAGGGGAAAAGUGACCCAAAGUCCAGCACGGAUGCGAUGAUUAUCAUUGGAGAAACGCCGAGUGUAGAGUUUGUCUCCAAUGAAGAAGAGAAUAAGCAUAUUGCGGACUCUGGCUGUCGUUAUCUGCUGGCGGUACAUAACCCCCGAACAUCCUCGCUGACCCUUUUGCCUACUCCGGCACCCUUGCAUUCGUUGGCACGCACCGUCAAAGCGCUGAAAUCUGUUCCGGCAAGUUCUAUACCAACCCAGUUGGCCUACCGUGAAGCAAGAAAUGCACUUGGCGAGUCAUUUGGAACGAAAAAAUCACAGGCGGCUAUCCGCGCACAGGAGCGUAACAAGGUCGACAUCAGUGCUAUGAAGGGCGUGAUGGGGUAUGUGCAGGAUGCCAUUGAUGUGGGUGCAGUGGGGUUGCCUACUCUACAGGAAGCUAAAGAAGCGGCAGAUAUGAGUCGCCCGAUCCCGCCGUAUAAUGCUACAACGAGCGAGCCAGCGGAGGUGUAUAAUUUGCAUGAUAUUAUCCCGGAGAACGAAUGGAAGGCGAUACCAACUGAGAUAUUAAACAAGUCUACAAGCGAGAAAGACAAAGUUGCGCUGUUGCCCGCGCGUAACUCGGAUUGGGUGUAUUCAAAUCUGAAACGUCUAGAUUUGUCGGAGAAGGGGACGAAGAAGAAACUGAAAAUAAUAUACUAUAUCUCGGCCAUGCUUGCUUUCCGACGCACGGCUGGGCAUAAAGAGGUCGAGAAGGCCAAACUCGAGGAGCGUCUGUCAACCAUUCCUCCUGUUAUCUUGGAUAGCCUCUUGGCCCGGUUUACGGAGUUUUCUAGGGAAUCUACUGUCCAUCGAGUGACCAAGACUUCGGAGACCAGGCUCCUCACGCAUCUUUUUGUGUUAUGUCUCAAGGUCGAUGAUUAUGCUUCGGAUCCCAGUAUCAUUGCGCAUGACCUGUCCAUUCCCCCUGCUCAAGUAAACCAGCUGUUCCGGAGUUUAGGUUGUCAGAUGAAGAAACUUGGCGAGAGAGAUCGUGCGAGAUACGGGACUGUCCAACGAUACUGCUAACACGAAAAUGGCCGUCUUGACGGCUCCGGUGCAAUUCCCGAAGCCGCCGAGGAGGAAAGGGAGGAGUUAGGUGUUCUAUUCAUGUCCAGACUCGGGGUGUAUACUACUGAUUAUACGGUGACUAAGUAUUAAUCCUCUUCAAGCUCGGCUA